CCGGCCGUUGGUUCGGCUCUGCUUAGCGGAGCCCAAAUGGCGCCAGUUUCCUAACCGCCUCUCCGCUGUUGUAACCCUUCGGCGCUGCGAAACAUCACCGCCUGACCCGCUCCCAACAUGGCAGCAGCAGCCGCAGUGGAAGAGGAGUUUGAAGACGCGCCCGACGUGGAGCCGCUGGAACCCACUCUGAAAAACAUCGUCGAGCAGAAAUCGUUGAAAUGGAUAUUUGUCGGAGGGAAAGGCGGCGUGGGCAAAACGACUUGCAGUUGCAGCCUGGCUGUCCAGCUGGCGUCGGUGAGAGAGAGCGUGCUCAUUAUCUCUACAGACCCCGCCCACAACAUCUCCGACGCCUUCGACCAGAAGUUCUCCAAGGUGCCCACCAAGGUCAAAGGUUACGACAACCUGUUUGCCAUGGAGAUCGAUCCCAGCCUGGGAGUGUCCGAGCUGCCUGAUGAGUUCUUCGAGGAGGAUAACAUGCUGAGCAUGGGAAAGAAGAUGAUGCAGGAGGCCAUGAGCGCCUUCCCAGGCAUCGACGAGGCCAUGAGCUACGCAGAGGUCAUGAGGUUAGUGAAAGGCAUGAACUUCUCAGUGGUGGUGUUCGACACUGCCCCUACUGGCCACACCCUGCGACUGCUCAACUUCCCCACGAUCGUAGAGAGGGGGCUGGGCAGACUCAUGCAGAUCAAGAACCAGAUCAGCCCUUUCAUCUCGCAGAUGUGUAACAUGCUGGGUCUGGGGGACAUGAACGCAGACCAGCUGGCCUCCAAACUGGAAGAGACUCUGCCUGUGAUCCGCUCCGUCAGCGAGCAGUUCAAAGACCCGGAGCAGACCACGUUCAUCUGCGUGUGCAUCGCCGAGUUCCUGUCUCUCUACGAGACGGAGAGGCUGAUUCAGGAGCUGGCCAAGUGCAGGAUCGACACCCACAACAUCAUCGUCAACCAGCUGGUGUUCCCGGCCUCCGAGCGGCCCUGCAGGAUGUGCGAGGCGCGCCACAAGAUCCAGUCCAAGUACCUGGACCAGGUAUCAGAGCAACACUACCCCUAACCCUCAGUCCCGACC